UUGCUAUACUCGGAUGCCAUUAUAUCCUUCAGUCCUACUUUCGACCAACAUCUCAAGAAUUUCUGUAAAAUAUCCUUUUACCUUUGUACUCUUGUCCCUAAACUCAUGCUUAUUAAAUGCUCCUUUAAUAGAAAUUGGAUAUAUUUCCUUGGCUAUGUUCUCUCACCUGUUGGUCUUCACACCGAUACAGAGAAAAUCGGUACUUGCUUUAACUUCCAUAUCCCUCUAUCCGCAGAUGUCCGCUUGUUACUUGGUCCCACUGAUUACUAUCUUUACUCAUUCGGUAUUCUUUUUUUGCCAUCAUUACUACCCUGCUGA